AUGAGCGCCGUGGAGGCCGACCACUGGGCGUGGCUGCUGGUCCUGUGCUUCGUGUUUGGGUGCAACGUCCUCAGGAUCCUCCUCCCGUCCUUCUCCUCCUUCAUGUCCAGGGUGCUGCAGAAGGAUGCAGAGCAGGAGUCUCAGAUGAGAGCGGAGAUCCAGGACAUGAAGCAGGAACUUGCCACUGUCAACAUGAUGGACGAGUUCGCCAGAUAUGCCAGGCUGGAAAGAAAGAUCAACAAGAUGGCAGAUAAGCUCAAAACUCAUGUGAAAGCACGGACAGCUCAGUUGGCCAAGAUGAAGUGGGCCAUGAGUGUCGCUUUGUACAUAUUGCAGGCUGCCCUGAUGGUCUGCCUCAUCUGGAAGUAUUACUCCGUACCCGUGGCUGUGGUGCCCAGUAAGUGGAUCACCCCGCUCGACCGGCUCGUAGCCUUUCCCACCAGAGUAGCAGGUGGCGUUGGAAUUACCUGCUGGAUUUUAGUCUGUAACAAAGUUGUGGCUAUUAUGCUUCAUCCUUUUAGCUGA